AUGUCCAGUGAGGUUGCUUUAAAGUGCAGAGCAAGCACCAGAGCUGCUGUGCUGCUGCUGAGGGCUCUGGUGCUGUUGGGGAUUUCCUUUCCUGGAAGCACUCACCACAUCCCUGCAGGAAUGGCACUGCACCUCUGGGGGCCUUCUCCACCAGCUGUGCUCCUGCUCCUGUCCCUGCUGGGUCUGGCUGCUGCUGGGAAGCUCCUGGUGACAUCGGUGGAUGGGAGCCCCUGGUUCAGCAUAUGGGAGGGCCUGGACAUGCUGAGGCAGAAGGGACACGAGGUGGUCGUGGUGGUACCUGAAGUCUCCGUGAACGUCAAAACAUCAGAGAACUUUCUGGUGAAAAAGUACCCAGUCUCUUUCACACAGGAAGAUAUGGACAAUGCAGUCAAAACAAUGUUUCAUAUCAUAUUUGAAGAUGGAUCUUUUCUGGAAAGAUAUUUUAAAGUAGUGGAAAAUAUGAAAAUAAUCUCUGAUUAUAUUGUCUCCAGCUGUGAACAGCUCUUGCAAAACAAGGAGCUCAUCAGGUACCUUGAGGAGAGCAAGUUUGAUGCCAUCCUUACAGACCCUGCAAUACCUUGUGGGGUGAUCCUGGCAGAGCACCUUUCACUGCCUUCUGUCUAUUUCUUACGAUCAAUCCCGUGUGGGUUUGAUUCUGAAGCCACUCAGUGUCCCAAUCCCCCUUCCUACGUGCCCAGGAUGUUUUCAGACCUGACAGACCAAAUGACCUUUUUCCAGCGGGUGAAGAAUCUUCUCUUUGACACCCAAAACCUUUUCCUCUGUGAUUUUGCCUUUGAACCCUACUCAAAACUGGCUUCAGAAUUUCUGCAGCGCGAGGUGACUGUGCACGAUCUCUUCUGGAAGGGCUCUGUUUGGCUCCUGAGGGUGGAAUUUGUGCUAGACUACCCCAGACCCUUGAUGCCCAACAUGAUUCCCAUUGGAGGAGUAAACUGUGCUCACAAGGAGCUGCCUCAGCUCCUGGUGGUGCCAGUGGAUGGGAGCCACUGGCUGAGCAUGCGAGAGGUGGUGGACAUGCUGAGGCAGAAGGGACACGAGGUGGUCGUGGUGGCACCUGAAGUCUCCUUGCACAUCAAACCAUCAAAGAACUUUGUGAUGAAAAUGUACCUGGUCCCCUACAAACAAGACGACUUAGAUAAUGCAUUCAAGGCAUCAGUCCUGUACCCUCUCACCUCUAAAGUGUGCUCUGCCUUUGCUGUUUUGAUUUCACGUAUUCAGAGCCAUUUUGUAUGA